CCCAAAUAUCCAAGACAAGCGCUGGAGCUGACUACAUCUGUUAGCUCGGUGCCGGAAUAUUUAUUAUCCGUUUUGUCUUGCACAGAGAGGCGCCGUCGCGUCGUUCGGGAGUCAGGGGGGGAAAAAGCGAGAUGGAUUUUUUAAACCACAGCUACUUAAGCGCGCGCACGUCCUACGACUAUACGUUCAACUUCUGGAACGACUAUCUGGGCCUGUCCACGCUGGUGACGCAGAGCAGCAAGCGCGCUCCCGGCGGCGGAUCGAGCCCCAACUCCAUCACGGAGUCUCUGAAAGCCACACUGGGCCUGGACGACUCGGUGUCGUGCCCGUGCGCCGCGCACUUGGACUACUGCUGCUGCUCUUCCUCGUGCUGCUCCUCUUCCUCGUCGUGCGGCUGCUGCUGCCCUCCUGCAAGCCCGCCGCCGCCUUCUCUACUUGAGCUCAAAGAGCGCUUCUCGGCGCUCGGGCCGUUCCGCAAUCACAGCGCCGGGAUUGUAGGGCAUGAGCGCGACACUGGUUUCGGAGGUGGAGGAGGAGGAGGAGGAGGAGGAGGUGGUGGAGGAGGAGGAAGUUUCACGGCUUUCGAGCUGUUCGGCGCGGAUAGGAAGGUGCGCAAGACGGCGGCUGCGCGCGCCAAGCAGGAGCCCAAGAUCUGCGUGUUCUGUCGGAAUAACGGCGCGCCUGAAGAGGUGUACGGCUCGCACGUGCUGAAGGCGCCCGACGGCCGCGUGGUGUGUCCGAUCCUGCGCGCGUACACGUGCCCUCUGUGCAGCGCCAACGGCGACAACGCACACACCAUCAAGUACUGUCCGCUUUCCAAGGAGCAGCCCGCGCCCCGAGCGCUCAAAGGAGGCCGGGCUGUGGGCGGUAAGCGCGUCAAAAUCUUCUAAAAAAAAAAAAAAAAAAAUCUAUCUAUAAUAAGCAACGAUCUACACGCGCUCAGUAAAUAAAUCACCUACAUUUAUUGCACUGAACCUUUUUUUUUUUCCAGUUGACUGUUCAAAUCGCGGCUUUCCAAGUCUUAACUUGCUAGACUGUAGGAUUUAUUAAACAAAUAAGAUAUCAAUGUUUUUUUUUCUUCUGUUUAAAAAAAUCCUUUAUAUUUUUAUAGAUGCUUUAUUUCCAUAGUUUAUUGUAUACUUUAUUCAUAAAAAAAUCUCUCUUUUUUUUCCCCACGUGUUUGUCUUAGAUGUUUAUCAGUUCAUAUUCAGUCACGUUUAUAUAAAUAAAAGAUGGUAUUUUUUGUUUGUUUGUUUGUUUGUUUGUUUGUUUGUUUGUUUAAAUGGGCAAACGUCAUGAAUGUUAGCAUACACACCAGAGCAAAUAAGUAUUUUCUUUACUGUAGGCUAAGCUUACACGUUAUGUUAUUAUUAUGUCUUUUAAACCAAAGUUAAGUUUGCCAUCUUGAGAAUGUUUGUUUCAUUUCCAAUCUGCUGAAGUUUCCUGUCUGAGCUUGGUUUGGUUUGGUUUAUUUAGCCCAUUCCUUUCUUCCUACAGUCCACCACAUGCUUUCCUUCCCUCCCAGGCUGACAUUUGAUAUGGGUGAGGGGGGAAAAAAAAUACACACCAAGCUCAGAAACACAAUGGGGUCUCUGUUGGAUGUUACAUGGUCUUAGCAUAACCUCAUAAUGAGUAGAUGUCCAGAGAAACUGGCCUGUUAUGAGCCCUACUGACAGAGAUGGGUGUGGGCUAGUCUUUCAGUUAGACCCCUUUCAAGAUGUCUUCAUUAGGCCUAUACAAGGUGCCCUGCUAAUGUUUACACCCCAAGGAAGGGGAACACACUCACACACCCAUACACACACAUACACACUGGAGAAUGCGUCUUGAGGGGACCUGUCUGGCGCCGGAGCUGCCCUUGUGUACCAAGGUUUCACACAUGACCUUUUUACCCUGAAAAACAUCACAGGCGAGCUGUAGAGAAAACAGCGGGUGAGUUAUAACAUAAUGCAGUCUGAUAACUCUCCAAGAGUCAGUGGUGGAACAGAACAGAAUGAAUGUUCUGAAUUAAAAAAAGGGUUUUUUUUUUCUUUAUAAAACAAUGCAUUUACCCCCUUUUUUGCAUUAUGUAAAAAAAAAAUAUGAAUCCAAAAGAAUGAUGCAAAAAUGUUGUGAAUGUACAAUUUAAACAUGCAGGACUGCACAUGGUCUGACCAUUCGUUUACCAAAGGAAUUCAAUUGUAAUGAAGUAAGGAACAGAUUUGCUGUAAUGUAAAUAAAAAAAAAAAGUCAAGUCAUGUCUAUUCAGUAUUUUAACAUUUAAAAGUGACUUUAGAGGGUGCUACCUCAACAAUAUUUUGUACUUACAUGUAAAAUGUCAAUAGCAGUUUAUUAAUAUAGUGCUGCCAUUUAUAAUAAGGGUUUUUAAUAGUAUUUUUGAUCUUUGUAUAACAUAAUUGUAUUUUUCUUUCAUUGCAUUCCAAUAAGCUCUUAGCAUUGUUUGCCAAUAGGUGAUGGCUGAAUAUAAUGACAAAAUAUCGUACUAUUUUUCAGUUGUUCAAUGUUACAUUCUUGAUGAGUGAAAGAUAAAAAAUGGAAUAUGUUGGAAAAAUUUAGACAAUUUGCCACUUUUAACUGAGGUUUGUAAUUAAAUUAAAAGAGGACUAAAAAGAAACACUGUUGGAUUUUGUUAUUUAUAUUUUGUCACAAUUUUCCUGUUAGCAGCUGUGCACAGUUAAAGAAAUGAAUUCGGUAGAG